AUGGGAAGAUUAUCAUACAUCCGACGCUUCAUCCCAAGCCUUGCUGCCACAAUGAGUGUUUUUACUCCCUUACUCAAGAAAGGCAAGCCGUAUGAAUGGAGUAAGGAGUGCCAAGAAGCCUACCAGCAAGUGCAACAAUUAAUCACCAAGCUACCCACCAUGAGAGCGCUCAUUCGGGGACUUCCACUAAAGCUCUAUUUGGCUACAACGAAUGCAACGGUUGGGGCCUUACUCACUCAAGAUGACCACGAUGGAGAAGAAAGUCCUAUUUAUUAUGUGAGUAGACAGUUAAGGGGAGCCGAAACGAGAUACCCAAAUACCGAGCUCUUGUGCCUUGCUCUUGUUUAUGCUGCACAACGCUUGCGGCAUUACUUCCUCGCUCACAAGCUACAGCUCAUAGUGAAGUCUGACCUCGUAAGGUACUUGCUCACAAGACCGGUGCUAUCUGGAUGUUUUGCAUGUUGGCUACUACAGCAGUCCGAAUUUCAUAUCACAUGCACAACUCCUAAGGCCAUCAAAGGACAAGCCGUGAUUGACAUGCUAAAAUAUGUUGAUGCUUUGGCUACAUUGGGGUCAAAACUCUCAUUUGUUGAAGAGCAACCUAGCAUUACUGUGAUAAAAAAAGAUAUGCCAGUAGUCGAAGCAAUGACUCAAGAGGAGCCACUGGAGAAAGCGACUAGAGGAAAUUUACACCUUCCAAGAGGAAUUUUGACCCACUGCAUAGGGACAACAGAAGAACGAGUGAAGCUCCAAGAGGAUUGGAAGGCUCCAUACUUGGCAUUCUUCAUCGACGGGACUCUGCCAACCAACUCCAAGCAUGCUCGCAAACUCAAAAAGAUAGUGAAAAGGUACUUCAUAGAUGGGUCGACUCUCUAUCGUAAAGGGUUCAAUGGUAAACCAUUAAAAUGCUUGGGGGAGUCAGAAGCACAACAAGUCAUGCGGGAAAUUCACGCUAGAGAUUGUGGCGAGCACCAAGGAAUGAAGAGGCUUCACCGGCAGCUGCUGAAUGUUCAGUAUUAUUGGCCUACCAUGAAGAACAACGCAUACAAUUUUGUAAAGAAAACUAUCCACCCACUUUCUGACGGCUAUAUAUGGAUCCUCACAGCCACUGAGUAUUUCACAAAGUGGGUUGAGGCGGUUCCUCUUUGGAAGGCCACAGGGGUUGCCAUUUCAAAUUUCAUCCGUGAAUACAUCGUGUGCAGAUUCAGAAUCCCAUACAAGAUCGUCAUUGAAAAAGGCACCCCGUUUGUUAACAAGCAAGUAAGCUCGACACUUAGCAGCUAUGGUGUCAAGCAUCGUCAUUCCAUGCCAUAUUACUCGGAAGGAAAUGGUCAAGCAGAGGCCUCAAAUAAAACUUUAUUGAGGAUCCUAAGCAAAAUGGUGCAUGAGUAUGAAGGAGGUUGGAGUGUUCACUUGCCGGAUGCCUUAUGGGCUUACCGCACCUCUCCUAGAAGUGCCAGAGUAUCAGCCGUUAAUGACCUUGAAUGGGAUACAACGUCAUGCUCGGAUUGGCUCUUGCUGGACCUUGAGGCCUUGGACAAAAAAAGAGCAGUAGUAGAAAGGAGGAUAGCGGUGUACCACAUAACUAUACCUCAAACCUAUAAUAAGACAGUCAACCGUCACGCCUUCAAGCAAGGAGACCUCGUGCUAAAAGUUGUGGAGCAUGUAAGAAGACGAGUGUCGGGACCUUCCAAGUCUGCCCCGCAAUGGGAAGACACAUUCGCAGUCAAAGAAGUCGACGUCAGCGACUAUUAUUGCUUGGUCUCUGUCAAAGAAGGCGCGCUAAUGGAUCCCAUCAACGGGAAGUGGCUCAAGCCUUACUACUGCUAA